AUGAAUGCACUCCUGAUCCUGGCCCUUGUGGGAGCCACCGUCGCUCUCCCCACUGAUGAUGAUGACAAGAUCGUCGGGGGCUACACCUGUCAGGAGAAUUCCGUCCCCUACCAGGUGUCCCUGAAUUCAGGCUACCACUUCUGUGGAGGCUCCCUCAUCAAUAACCAGUGGGUGGUGUCUGCAGCUCACUGCUACAAGUCAGCAGUCAUCUUGGCCUUUUCAGGAAGAGGUUGUGAAUACUGCCGCAUCCAGGUGAGACUGGGAGAGCACAACAUCGAAGUCAUUGAGGGGAAUGAGCAAUUCAUCGACUCAGCCAAGGUCAUUCGCCACCCCAACUACAACAGCUGGACCCUGAACAAUGACAUCAUGCUUAUCAAGCUCUCCUCUCCUGCGACCAUCAACACCCGGGUGGCCACUGUGUCCCUGCCCACCUCCUGUGCACCUGCAGGCACCCAGUGCCUCAUCUCUGGCUGGGGCAACACCCUGAGCUCUGGUUCCAACUACCCAGAUCUGCUGCAAUGCCUGCGAGCCCCUGUGCUGAGCCAGGCUCAGUGUGAAGCUGCCUACCCGGGACAGAUCACCAACAACAUGGUCUGCGUGGGCUUCCUGGAGGGAGGCAAGGAUUCCUGCCAGGGUGACUCCGGUGGCCCCGUGGUCUGCAAUGGUCAACUCCAGGGAAUUGUCUCCUGGGGCUACGGCUGUGCCCUAAAGGACAAUCCUGGAGUCUACACCAGGGUGUGCAACUAUGUGGACUGGAUUCAGCAGACCAUCGCUGCCAAUUGA